GAGCGGCGCCCUGCCGCAGCGAUCCGCCCGCGCGUCCACACGUGCGCGCCGACUCAGCGCGCCGCCGCAACGCGGGCCCUAGCUUAACGCACACAGGAGACAUGGACGCGCUAUCCGAUGACGAUGAUUACACGUGCCGGGAGCCCCAGAUCAGCAGUCUGGUGUCAACGAGAGGUGAUGCAGCUGGUGGAGCCGCGGUACAGAGAGUAGGAGCAGCCGUCGCGUGCGCAGUGGAACGAUUCGUGGCCGUGGGAGAAACUAUAGCGGAUGACAAUCCAGACGUUCGGCACAGUAUGGUUCUUGCGUGUAAAGAGGCGCGGUCAGCUGGUCGUGCGAUAGAGCGAGUGUGCAGUGGUACUGAUGGUGCGGGAAUGGUGUCAGCUGCGCGGGCGCUACUUGCGGCUGUCACUAGGGUUCUUCUUUUAGCGGAUAUGGUGGUUGUGAGACAAUUACUAUUGGCCAAGGACAAGGUGGCACGUUCAUUGGAUCGUCUGGAGUCGGUGUCCAACUUUGCGGAGUUUGUACGCGCGUUCACGGAGUUUGGGGGAAGUAUGGUGGAGCUUGCACGACUUACGGCAGAACGGAGAGCAGAUUUAAGGGAUGAGAGGCGGAGGGCGCAGGUAGCAGCAGCAAGGAAUGUACUUGAAAGAUCUACACUAAUGCUUCUUACGUCAUCUAAGACGUGUUUAAGGCAUCCAGGAAGUGCAUCGGCGCGAGAAAAUCGAGAUACAGUUUUCUGUCAAAUGAGGCGAGCUAUGGAUCUAAUACAUUACGUUGUACGAGACGGACUUCCGGGACAUGAAGAGCAAUCACAAGAGGUAACCUACUCUCGUGAUAAAGAGCAGUUGCAACCUUUCUCGGACAGUCAAGAACAGGCAGCUCAAUGGGAAGCAGGAACGGCGUUAGGUGCUUUAAGGGGGCUGACGACGCAGGUUCGGGCAGCAAGAGCAAGGGGUGGCGCUGACGGAUCACGGAGAAGAGCCCUAGCGGCAACGUUGAGAGCUCUAGUCGAACGCACACACGACUUCACAGACUCCGCCUAUACCUCGCACGAACAUCGACAAAGGAUACUGGCCUUAGCUGAACGAAUAGCUUAUGAGUUGGAGAGAUUAGUGUCUGUUGCUGUCUCUUUAGAGGAACAGGGUGUAAGUGGUACAUUAGCAGCAUUGGAAAGCGCUUGUGCGGGUGCAACCACUGCUGCGGGUGAAUUAGAAAGAGCCUUAAUCGCUGCCGCCAGGCAUCAAGCGAGAGACUUAGCAUCCCUAGCGGAACAGGCCAGAAAAAUAGCUACAGACCUCGCGCACAUAGGUAACCUUCGAAGAAAAAUAGCUAGUUCCUGUGGUGAGAGAGAAUCAGAGAGACUGCACAAUAUAGCCAGCCAGCUUCAUGAGCAAUUAGAUCAUAUAAUUGAGGUAUGCAAAUUACUUAGGCAUAUAGCGAUGUCGGAGACUCUUCAAGUUAGUGCUAAGUUCGCUGAAAUAAAUUUAAGGAUAUACGGCCCUCAAGUGGUGACGGCAGCGCGGACGCUCGCUGCCCAUCCGGGCAGUGCCGCAGCAAGAGAAAACCUCGAUGUGUUCGUAGAUAUGUGGGCUUGGCUCCUAGCUGAUGCCGCACGCCUAGCUAAAGAACUUUUAGAUUUAACAGACGAAAGACCCGAUAAACAACAAUAUAGUAGUUUACCUAGACCUGGUAAACACGGCACAACUAGUAAACCCUUAAAAGCAGUUCGUCUAGAUUCAGAUGAGCAAGCGAAAAUUGCCAAAUCGGGUCUAGAAAUGAAAAUGAUGUCCUCUGAGAUGGACGCUGAAACUGAAAAGUGGCAGGGCGCUGACGAAAACAAUGACAUCGUGAAAAGAGCUAAGAAUAUGUCUUCCAUGGCCUUCGCUAUGUACCAAUUCACAAAAGGUGAAGGUCGACUUAAUACAACGCAAGAUCUCUUCACCCAAGCAGAAUACUUUGCAGAAGAGGCGAAUAGACUUUAUAAAAUUGUUAGACAGUUUUCGUACCAGGUUCCAGCAGGUACAGCUAAGAAAGAGUUGUUGGAACAUUUGGACAGAGUCCCAACGUACGUACAACAGUUACAAUUUACGGUAAAAGAGCCAACGGUCGGGCGAGCCGCAACUUUCAGCAAAGUCGAUAAUGUCAUUCAAGAAACUAAACACCUCAUGAACGUUAUUAGUAAAGUUGUCACGACCUGCUUCGAUUGCGCAAACAAGGUACCUUUGCCGUGGGAGAAGAGUGUGGGAGUUAAAAGGCACCAGAGUGUUGCACCUUACAAAUUGGACUUCACGGGGCUGUCCGCCGGUGGGGCUGGAGCCAGUCGCACGGCCAGGGACGACGAAGCCGGAGGUGGCGGAGGUACAGAUGCGAAGCCUGGAGGGAGCUCGUCAGAUACGGCCAUGUGACAGUACGGCAUGGGCCGGCGCGGCAAAGGCGACGCGCGCCGGACCAGGGUCAGCUUCCUACUGUUUUAAGCACUUAAACGUCUUAAAACAACUCGUCGCCAGUCGGUUCAACAAAGGCAUGUUUAAAAUUACAUACUUGGGUAAAAAUAAUACUUUCUUUCUUCUCUCAUUCUACUGUCAUACAUAACUUAAAUGAUAACGUAAGUUGGGACAAAAGUAUGACGAACUUGUUCUCCUCUACUCACUUUUCAUAGGUUUAGUUAGCAACGCGAGCACAAUUCCUUGAGAGUUGAAAUCACCGUAGAAUGUUGAAUUGUGAAACCCAAUGUUUAUUUCACAGUAUUUGCGAUAUGUAUUUUUAACCAAGCCUUGUUCCAAGCAUUAUAUUCAUUAACCUGCGCCUACAGUCUAAUUGAAUUAACUGGCCCGUAAUGGGAUUAUAUCAUCGAGCAAACUGUGUUAUUAAAUAUAAUGCUGUAAACCGAUAAAAAUGUUGAUAAUGUGUUUAAUAAUGCGCAUAUUUUUGCCAUUGUUAGAUGGAUUUCAGCAACUUAAUUUUAAGAUGGACAGUACGAUAUAGAAAUAAUUUUAAGACCACUUGCGACACACAAGAUCGUUGGUAAUUCGCGAAUAAUGCAGUAAGCCUUCUUAUUGUUAGAGCGCGGACACGCAUAAGGCUGUGGAACUAACAUACCUUAUAGUCAUAAUCUUCUUCUUUCUUGUUCACUGUUUUUAUGUUUCAUAGCGUAGAUCUUCUAAGCAUACACUCGCGUUACGAAUUUUCCAUGGUUAUAAUAAAUGUGAUCGUUAAUUAAGAGUGAAAACGUACAAUAAAUACUUGUUACACUAGAAUAUUGUUACACAAUGUUACAUAAUGAUACAAAAAAGCCUAUUUUUUUAAUUUUCCCUCUAGCUGACCAAAGUCCAGACCUGUGUAUUAUUCGUUAGGUAGAGAGUUCCUAUUUCUAAGUUUAAUCGACGCUCUAUAUAUGCACCUCUGUGGUCCUGUUGCACAUUUGAGUUACGCACGUUUGCUUUAUGUUUUCGUUGCAUCAGUUUCAACACGCUACUUCACAAUCACAACACUUCCAUUCCGUGUUACAUGUCUAACUGUAAAUAUAGCAAACGUCAUCGGACCGGCAUUGCAUGAAUGUGAAUCGGAUAAAAUAGAUGUGUGUUGCAUGUGUGUGACAAUGGUUAUGGAUGUCGUACUUCAUCUUGACGGGAAGACGUUUAGGAUAAACAUGAUGGAACUUGACUCUGGUGGUUUGCACCACCACGUCGCCAUGGAACAGAUGUUAUAUAGACCGAAUGAAGGAACGCAUUGGCAAGUUUAAUGUUGCAUGAUCUGUGUUUGCUAAAUGUACAUCGCUCGGCAUGUCGCUCGCAAUAAUAAACAAAAACAUAUCUACUGCUUAUCAGGGGUAAUGUUAUUUAGUGUUUAAGUGACUUCAAGGUUUGCAACUCGGAUAUCACGCUUCGCUAAGUUACUUAGGCUAGAGCGAAAUGUUAAUUUUAUACAUAUCAGCGACUGUAACACCAAUUUUUUUAAAUCUUUAUACAUUUAUCGACAAAUAUACCUACUAGAUAUUACACCGCUAUACAUUAAUCAUCGAAAUAUUUAGACAUAUUUUCACAUGAAUAGAAUAAUAAUGACAUUGUUUUUUUAAUAAAUUUAAUUUCGAUACCAACAAUUGCUUUUUAAAAGGCGUGAGUCUGCUGCAUUCCGAUUUUACAAAACUCAAAAGCAAUAAUAUAAUUAUGCAUAUCAAAGCUAAUUACAUAUUUAUUAAGAUAGGAACGUAGAACUAUUAAAUUCGCUUUUCAGUUAUAUCUUAAAACAUGCCUGUGUUAUACUUCGCUCUGUCUUUCAGGGUCUAUAUAACUCUUGUUUCAUUAUUCUCGAUUUCAAUUUACCAUUUAAUGCUUAAUAUAAGAUUAUCUACAUCGAUUUCUAAUUAAUCUUUAAAUCCUCUUAAAAUAUUUGUAAGUUAGCUUAAGUUCUUAAAAACGCCUUAAGUUUAUUCACGAACAAUAUUCGAUUAAUGUAAAGAGCUUUACAAAGCUUUAUCAUAAGAGUUGUGAAUCGAAAUCGUGGCCACGUAACGUUUAGACUCAAGUUUAGUAUAGAACGCCUUCGAUCUUAAUUAUAAAUCUAAUUUUAUAAGAGUUUUCAUAUAGUUAUUCCGAUAAAGCAAGCUCUAAAUGACGAUUUGUAAGGCUUAUAUUAGGUACAGAUGCUUAGUAUGCAGUUCUACGUACAAAUCACGUUACUUUUCUAAUAUAUUUUUUAAAUACAUGUUUAAGUUUAAACGUAACAAAUACAGUGUACGUUAUUGACAAAUCAUGGCAUUAGGAACUUGCUUAUAACGUUGAAACUAUGUUCAUGACCAAUGUAAUUACCAUAAGCUAGAGAUUUGUAGUGCAGUAGGCUUAUACGGAUCGCAGACAACCUCAUGUUCAAAUUAGAUCGCUCGGUGAAUGACACAUACAAUAGCCGUCGUGCCUCUUAAAGUAGAUAUGGCUAGAUGCAAGCAUCGCCACGCAAUACCUUAUUUGUAUAAAGUUAUGUUUUGUGUACGUACAAAUGUAAAGUUUAGGCUUGUAUUUCGGAAGUGCUUAAUCAAUGCAGUAGACAGUAUGAAUUUUGUGUAGGUAAUAAAGGAAAUAUACACAUCUGUACGUGUUCAUGAAAAUUAAUGUACAAAUCACAUUACGUACUGCCUAUUGUUAGCAAGACUAGAAUAUUAGAUACAUUCAGCCUUUAGACAUGAGGUUUGCAUCGGCGUAAAGAAACAAAAAUGUUUAUGAACAGCUUUAACUGUGUGGCUGUUUACUUUCAAUUAGAUUAGAUCGUACGUCGUCAGUAACUUGCGUGAAAAACCACUUGGCUAAAGUCUGAAAUGUAUUAUAAAGGUAAUAUUACCAUAACAGUGACUUCCAUUGCAUUUAUAAUCAGCUAGAUAAGUGACGUAGAUAGCUAUACAGAUUUGUGAUAUUACGAGUUAAUUGAUAUUUAGUACAACGUCCUUUAUCGUUUCAAUAUUUAGAAUAGUGGGACACGAAAUGAACACCAAUAUAAAAUCAUAGUGUUUAGUAAUUAUACAUAUUUGGUAAAUUAAGAUAAUGUAUAGAGAGCAGCUGUUAGUCAUGAUGCAUGGUUUUUGCUAAUUAUCAAAUUUCUCUUAUUAAAACGAAGAUAUAAAUAGAUAUAUUCUGCGUUGGUCUAUAAAAUGUUUAAAAAAAUAUUUACAAAAUAUCGCACAUUAAUAAAUUAAUUUAUUAAUAUUCUUAAAUAGAAAUUUAAAUAUCUGCUUCGAAUCCCAAUUUCAUAGAUUUCUAGUUUCUGAUAUAUAUUUGAAAUUAGGACUAGUGGGCAAUUGGCUUUCCAGUAAUUUUUCCUAAAGUGAAAAUGUUGGUAACCCUGAACGAAUAAACCCCAGAAACGAAUGUAAAUAUUUAUGCUAUAUCGUUCUCGUCUACGCGUUUUGUGUCGUAUUUAAAUCAACUUACUAUUUUAAUAAGAGUGGAAAAUUAGAGUUGUAUUGUCGAAACUGUUGUGAUUGUUAUCAUAUACAAUGUUGCAUUUUCAUUAAAAUAUAGUAUAUUUUCAAUAGGGCUGCCAAAGUUUAAUAUGAAUAGACGUAGUCACGAUAUAUACGUCAUCAAGAAUUGAGGUUGUAUGUGGAAUAAUGUAUUUUAAUGUUUGAUUAUAAAGUUAUUAUGUGACUGCCAAAAUCGUUUAAGAAAUUAGACAUUAAAAAGAAUUAUACUAAAUUGUCAAAUUACUUAUACCGCGUUGGCAUGUGCAUAACUGUAUUUACUUAUUGAAUAAAAAGUAUUCGUAAUAA